AAUAUAGGCUAUCGGAAGUGACGUAUGGCAAGCAAAUAAACUUCCUUGAAGUCCCGCGAAGUUUUUACGGUUGAUGCAAAUGACAGGGAUGGACUGUGCACGUUUUAAAGUUUAAAAUCAAGCAGCUUUUCAAACACUGGAGAUGUCUGAUCGGAAGAGGAAGUCUCGAGGGAGUCAAGAGGAGCAGGCAGGACCAUCCAAUGGAGUGGGUGGGCGGAGCAGGCCAGAGUGGGCUGGUGAUAUUGGUGAUGAAGAUGAUAUUGGUGCCGGACCCUCUGGUAUUAGUGAGGAAGAUGAUGAUCCAGCACGCAGGAGAGAGAUCAGAAGCAAGUACAGGGAUCUGAUCAAUUCUGUCCAACAAAAUCGUGAGGACAUGUUGAGCCCUGCCAACAAUAAACUCACUGAUGUUUUAGAAGAGGCCAACAAACUGUUUUCCAGUGUCAGACAGGCUCGCGAAGCAGCACUGGACGCUCAACUCUUGGUACUUGCCACUGAUCUGGGCAAGGAGAAGGCCAGCCAACUACAUGCUGAAGGCUCUGCAUUUGAUCCUACUGCAUUUGCAGAGCAUUUGUUGUCCUUCAUGGGUCUGAAUCGUUUGGAGGAAGAUGAUGAUAAUCAAGAUGGAAACGAUGGAUAUUUACCACAAGAUGCCUGGCAGAAGCUUGCAAAAAGAUCUGAGUACUGCUUCAAAACAGCCCCUUCAUUCCACUACAUGUUGGGCUCAUUUUUGGCAGAGCCUCCCCCGCCACGGCAGAGAGUUGAAAGACAAAGGAAAGCACCCAGCAAAGAAGCAAAACGAAUUAUCCCCACUCAGCUGAAGAAAAUGGAAGAAUCGCACCAAGAGGCUACAGAGAAGGAGGUUGAAAGGAUUCUUGCAUGUCUGCACCGUUACUUCGCCGAUGACCCUGAGUUACCCAUUUCGUAUUACGAAUUCGUCAUCGACCCCCAUUCCUUCUCUCGGACUGUGGAAAACAUUUUCCAUACGUCUUUUCUCAUAAGGGAUGGUCUGGCGAGGAUGUACUUGAAUAAGGAUAAGUUUCCUUGUAUAGCUCCAGUAGAGGAAGGUGAGAUAGAGCCUGGUGGAUCUGCAGUCCGUCAUCAAUGUGUUGUCUCCAUCAGCCAGGCAAGCUGGAGGGAAAUCAUUGAUGCCUUUGAUAUUAAGGAAGCUCUAAUCCCUGUUCCAGAAGUUUUGUCACAGGACAGCUAAGUAAGGAAUAAGUGUAAACAACUGUAAAUCAGCAAAAUUAACAUCUUACGUUGUUAACUGCAAACAACAAAUCAUUUGUAAUUCUACAGUUUUUUUUCUUUUUCUAUAUUUUUAAUGUUGGUGAUCUAAAUUUUAAGAAUUAUAUUCUUGUUUUUUGUAUAAUGUGUAAUAAUUGUGUCUUAUACAAUAAAUGUAAGUGAAUGUGCA